ACACUCCCACAAUGCUUACCGCCCCAUAACUCCGCUGCAGCCUGAGGGGAGCCAGACUCACUCUCAGGCCCCGAAUAUUGAAAAAUUAUUGAAAAAAAUCGGAAAAAAUAAGCAAACAACAGAUCGAGGGGAGAAAAGAGCGGGGAGCGGUGGCGUGGGCUCUCCCACGGUGGGUGUCUGGUCCGGUCCGAGAUGGAAGGUUACCGGGGCUCCAUGUGAGAUUGACUAAUGCGGUGCUGGAAACUUUUUGCGGCCCCUCGCUGUUGACGUCUGAUGUUCUUCUUCUUCUUCAUGUUUUCGGCGAUCUGGACAGUAAAAAUGCAGAGCAGUGUUUCCCACUCACCGCCAACCAUAGCUGUUGGGACUGGGUGAGGAGGAGAGAACAAGAGAUUGAAGUAGAGGAGCGACUAAAGUAGAGAGAGAAGGAAAGUGCAGAGACAAAAGAAGGACAAGUUCAACAGAUUUUGUUUUACCUCGAUGUUUCCGCUGGAUCGUUGGCCCUUCCUGUGAGCUCUUGAGUGCCUUCUUUUUCGACAACCCUUCCCUACCCAAAACUUCCCACGUUGAGCCUGCAAGGCAGGGGAGCCACAAGUGAAUUUUCAUGGCAGCGGCACUCUAGGGCUGCCAUGGCAGCUGCUGCCGCCGAUGCCUCACAACGUAUUACCGCACUGACGCCGGAGGAAGAGGGACGACGGACUGCCGCCAAGCUGUUUGGGAGCGCAGCCCCGCUGCCACGGACAGAGAGAGAGAGAGAGCGAGAGAGGGGGAAAGAGAGAGAGAGGGAGAGGGAAGAAGGAGAAGAGGUAGGGAAAGCGAGUGGGAACGAGUGUUUGGUGUGCGGGGCCCUGUUUGCCUCACAGGAGAAGCUCCGGCUCCACGCCUUGAGUCACACAGGAGAGAAACCCUUCCACUGCUCACAGCCACACUGUCCUAAGGCCUUCAGCUCCAAAUACAAGCUCUUCAGGCAUAUGGCCACACACUCUCCACAGAAGACCCAUCAGUGCUCGUAUUGUGAGAAAAUGUUCCACCGCAAAGACCACCUAAAGAACCACCUGCAGACCCAUGACCCCAACAAGGAGGCCUUCAAGUGUGAGGAGUGUGGGAAGCACUACAACACAAAGCUGGGAUAUAAGCGCCAUGUGGCCAUGCACUCUGCCACAGCAGGAGAUCUCACCUGUAAAGUGUGCAUGCAGAGCUAUGAGAGCACUCCCGUGCUCUUGGAGCACCUCAAGAGCCACUCUGGGAAGUCUUCUGGUGGCGCCAAGGAGAAAAAACACCCGUGCGACCACUGUGACCGUCGUUUCUACACGCGGAAGGAUGUGAGACGGCACAUGGUGGUCCACACGGGUCGAAAGGACUUCCUGUGCCAGUAUUGUGCCCAGCGCUUCGGCAGGAAGGACCAUCUGACACGCCACGUGAAGAAGAGCCACUCGCAGGAGCUACUGAAGAUCAAGACGGAGCCUCCUGAUAUGUUAGGUCUUUUAGCAUCUGGGUCACCACCUUGCUCUGUGAAGGAGGAGCUCAGCCCCAUGAUGUGCGGCAUGGGUCCCAAUAAAGACCCCAUGAUGGGCAAACCGUUCCCAAGUGGGGCCCCUUUUCCGAUGGGCAUGUACAACCCCCACCAUCUCCAGGCCAUGUCUAAUUCUGGGGUGGGUCACCCACACCCGUCCCUGAUGCCCAGUCCCUUGUCUGCAGCUAUGGGCAUGGGCUGUCACAUGGAAUCCCCUGGACCUCUUCACCCACACUCCCAUCACCACCACCAUCAUCACCACCAUCACCACCACCACCAUUCCCCUCCGCUGCCCCCACACCACCAGCCUCCGGCUCCCCAGCAGCAGCACCAGCCCCAGCCAGCCCCCAAAUACCAGCUGGGAUCUACCUCAUACCUGCUGGACAAGCCCUUGAAAGUGGAGAUGGAGAGCUUCCUCAUGGAUCUGCAGAGUGGCUCGCCAGGCCCGGUUCCCUCUGCAGAGCCACAUGCUGCUGCCUCACCCCCCAAGGACGGACUGGAGCCCACCUCGGGCCUGGUGGAUGAGCUUUGUGGGGAUCACCUCCUGUCCAAGAGCCCUGCGGUGAUCGCUGAGUCUCUGUGUGCUGCUAACAUGGACUUCUCCCACCUGCUGGGGUUCCUGCCCCUCAACCUGCCUCCCUACAGUGCCCCUAUGAGCACGGGAGGGCUGGUGAUGGGUUACACCUCAUCCGCGACCCCCUCCUCUUCUUCUUCCUCUUCUUCCUCAUCUCUGCACGCUGCCGAGCCCCAUGCUGCAGCAGUCGCCGCGGCAGCAGCUGCCGUCGCUACGGCACCUCUUACCUCUUUGCAACCGCAACCUCAGGAGCAGCAGAGCUCCAGCGGGGGUCUGGGCCUCGGACCCCUGCACCCCCUCCCACCAGUGUUCAGCUCCAGCCUUAGUACCACCACGCUGCCUCGCUUCCACCAGGCCUUCCAGUGAGAGAGCUAGCCUUCUGCCCAGCCCAGCCCCACCCAGCCAAGAUGGUCCCCAUACCAGCCUCAGUGUGGAUAUUUGGGGUUGUGGCUCUUGAAACGGCCUGGUGAUGAAGUUGGAGAAUUAGAAUAAGUAAAUACACGAAAAUGAACACUUAGAAGCCUUAAAUGAAAGUGCACAAAAGCUUUUGAUUGAGCCUUACAAGGAAGUUAAACUCCUUUGAACAAAAAGGAAAAGGUGAGAAAAGAAGUUGAAGCAGCUUUUAUUUGGGCUUUCCCCCCCCUUAUCCUAUAGUUAUAACAAUGUAUUAACCCAUCCUUUUUAUUUCCAUUUACUUCCCCUUUUUAUCCCCCUUCCAUCCCCUAUUUAGUAGUAUAGAGGGCAGGAUCAGUAGGCCAAAAGGCAUGGUACUGCAUACUUUAAGUAAUAAUAUAAAAAAAAAAAAUCAAAGAUAAUUUUUAGAUAAAAUUAUCUGUCUUGUUGUGACCCAGAAAAAAAAUAGUUUGAAGUGGAUAUUUUGUUUUACUUUAUUUUUCUUUUCCAUAUGUAAAAACAUGGUAGAAUGUGUCUCAUCUUGAGUUUUGAACCACCCACUCUAAUAACCUAAACGUCACGAUCAGUACAGAGAGUCUCUCCUCUCUCUCUCACAGUGAAGGAAUGAAGAGAUACAGACAUUGAGUCGAACGAUUGAAACCUUAACUCUAAAAUUCUCCUCUAGGUGAUUAGACGAGAGCCACAAAAGCCCCCUCUGCGUCUGAAAAAGUGCUCUUUAAACAAGGAAAAAAUUAGAUGGAUGUCCCCGUUAUUUUCUUUUAACUGUAACUAAUGUGCUCCUAGAGUCAGGUCAGUUUGAAUGAAAAUAGCUCACUAAAUGAAAAUAGACUCUUAUCAUGUGAUUGAUAAGAAACCUGUUUGCUUCCAGACACACACGGCUACACAUUUUUAAAGAAAAGGAGGAAAAAAGAAAAAUGAGUGAAAGUGUGUGGAAAUGAUGUCAUAUCACGCUGGCUUUUUUACUGUUCCCCCAAGAGAAGCACUUUUUUUUUUGAAGGCACUUGACCUUUAGGAAUCUCCUCGGGAAACCUUUUUGUCUCCUUUCUUCGUGACUCCUAGAGGUUUCCACUGCUUGAGACUUUCUCCUCACUCUCCUUCCUUCACCUGUCUCCCUUCUAACAGUUACCUUUAAAAGCUCGCAUCAUAAUCGCAUAAUGAGAAUUGCAGCUGCUUCUCGGCUGCGCAGCAUACCUAAAAUAUCUAUUUUUUUGGAACAAACACAUCUUUAGGCAGUCUUUAAAAAAAAGAUGCAUCAUCAUUGUGAUGAUGAACCCUGACAUAUGUGAAUGGCAAAAAAAAACAAAAGAACUUCAGUGACAGAUGAGUAAAAAUGUGUUGAAAGAAUGUUAUUGCAGUGUACGAAAUAUCUCAAAAAUGAAUAUUAUUAUUGCUUUUAUCUCAGUAAGGUGUAUUUUAGGUAGACGUAUUAAAACUAAGUGAUGAUGUUUUUGAUGUCUGGCAGGUUUACAUUUGUGUGUAUCUUGCAUUUUUUUUGAUCAAACAAAUGGAUGAAGUAUUAGCUUUUUCCCUUAAGCUUUCUCUGUCAUAUCCAAUCUUUACCUUUACAUGUACUUGAGUUAGUAUAGCGGAAUCAGAACUGUGGAUGGGAAGUAUCUAUAGAAGGCUGUUAGUGGCUUAAUAAUCAAUUAGGAUUUGAACUAGAUAGAUUGUUGGGAUGCUGACAUGGAUGGCCUACGAAGCUAUGACUGUAGGUCUUUAUCCAGUGGAAUACGUAAACCCCUGUGCUGUGGCGAAAUCCCAGCCGAUCUCACCACCAGCUCAGUGGAUGUCUCAGAGUUUAGAUCCUUUCUAACCAUUCACCACCAGCCUAUAAAAACAUGAGCCCAAAGUAAACCUAAGCUUCAAAGUGAAAUAGAUGCUCUUUAUCUAGCGCUGUCUGUGGCAUGACCAACACAUCUGGCAUAUCCAUGACUUCACACAGAGCUGAGCUCCUGCAUCAUCUGUGAUAGUUCAUUUUGUGCAGAAAUGUCAUUCCAGUCGUAGAAGAAGAAGACCCUUUCACUUUGCUGAUAGCAGUCGUCAUGCCACAGGCGGGCCUCGAUCACCAUUAAAUGUUGUGUAAAAAAAAAAAACAAAGAAAAAAACAGGAAAAACUUAGCACAUAGAAAUGAAACAUAAAAUACAUAUUGCUGCUUUUAGCUACGGUUGCUGAUGGACGACAACUGUAGACCACUAGAACAUUUCAAUUAUUUUUUUUUUAUUUUUGUUAUUUUUGCAAGAUGGACAGCAAGCUGAAAACAUGCACAAAACCGAACCGACAAAGUGUUCAUCAUCCCCGGGCCCCAUCCCCUCUGUACUCCUCCUCCUCCUCCUUUCUCAGCUGCUUUGUAGAGUCAAAGGUAAAGGGUCUGAAAAUAUCCGGAAGAACGCAGUUACUCAGUUCCCAGGCUUUGACAUUCAAAGCAAAGGGGGACACACGACUGACUGCACGAUUUGGGGUAUUGCUCAUAGUCAUAUAUUUGUUUUGUUUGUUGUCCUAUGAUAUAUUAUUUUCUGUUUGUAUAAAACAGGACCUCGAAAAACAACACAACACAUCACCUCAUUUUUAUUUGUUUUAUUUUUCUUACCAAAACCUGGGGAGAAGAAACUACAUUUUUGCACAAUUGCUUGUUACAAAAUGCUACAAGUGUUAUCAGCUUUUUUGAUACUGUAGGAUAAAAAACCCAGUAAAUGAGCAGCUGACGGCCCCUGUGUGUUAGACAGGUGAAUAUUCCCCUGGGGGGUUGGAACAGCUGAAAAUUCAGAAUCAGCAAGCGCUGAUGUAGGAAAAGCUUCCCUGCAGUCUGACUGUUAAAUCACAACUUUGUCGCUAAAAUCGUAGAUUUUAUAAUCCAAGUUCUGAACUAAUUUGAAACUUAUUUUAUUAGUCUCCCCCCCUGGAGAGUCAUUAUUUUGAUAAUGACUUGUAAAAUGAUCAAACUUUUUAUUGAUCCUAAAUGAAUUAGCUGUCAGCACCUUUCUAAGAAUUUACAUGAUCUGUUAAAAAAAGACAAGAUUCAAAUUUGAUCUUAUUAAUGCGCUUAAAAAAGGGUCAUUUUUAAGAAAAACCCUCUUGGCUUAAGCCAAAUUUGUAGCAAUCAAAUUGAGCAUUUAUAUUUUUGCAACAAAUAUGAAUUUAGUCCUUAAAAAAAGUUAAAGAAAAGCUUUUGGCAUGUAUUAAGUUUGUCCUCCCUGGGUUUCUGUGAGCUAAUCUGAAUUCUAGCACUUUCAACCUUUAAAAAAAGAGUAUUUUUUCUUUUAAAAUUUCAGCUUAUAUGUUCAUAUGUUUUUAAUUUUGUAUUGAUCCUGUAUAUGUAUGUGCCAUUAGUUUGAUGUGUAGACUUUAUCAACCUUUGUGUAUUUCUCUUCUCCAAAAGAAUAACAGUAUUUUUGAUAGACUUUUCACUAAUAUCCCUCUAAAUAAGAGCCCCCUGCCCCUUCUCUUUUAAAACUUUUUUGUUUUUGGGUAACCAGCUUUGCCUUCUCUCUCUCAUAAAUUUAUCUAAUCAAACUCUGCAGCCAAGUGCUUCAAGAGAACAGCAACAUCAUCUGUUAUUCUGAGGCGGUGGGAAAUGAGACCGUUGUCAGAAGAGUGUCAAAGCCACAACCUGACCACAACCUGCCAUUGAAAUGCUGUUGCAACAGAGACCCAUCUGCAUUCCACUUUUAGACCAUGUAAUUGGCAAAAAGUGAAGUUGAGAGUGACCCCAAAACUUAGCACUUAAAGAGAACAACAUGCAGAUAAUGACUCAUGUAUGAAUAGUGUCAUAAGAAUUGGAGUUUCUGUUUUCAAAUGUUGCUUUAAAUCAAUGUUACUAAACAUAAAGUCAUCAAGUAGUUCAAAAGGAGUGUAACUGUUAGAUAGUUUAAGACAGAGGUGAAAAAGUUGUGGUCAGGCCAUACUUGUAGCUGUGAAACGCUGACAGCAACAGAUCUCACACCUAUCGCACCACCUGAGCUUACAUUGGUGACUUUUUUUAGAGGUGUUUAUAGAGUGAUUCACCCAAGACUGGGUCCCUCAUUCUUCAUAAUGGGGUCAUUCUGGAAAAAUGGGCCCUGUCUCUGGACUAAUACCCCGAUCUGUAUGGAAGCCCAUUUCAUCCAAGAAAGAAAGAAAGAAAAAAUAACUAAAUGUUAGGCAAGAUAAAAUAAAAAUACUGGCGAUGCAUGAUAUUGGAUUUUUUGCUGAUAUCCGAUAUAUAUUGAUAUAUAACAACUCAUUUGACUGAUAUCGGUAUAUCCACUUUUUUCCCCUACUGAAUUUUAGUGAUCAUCAAGUCUCUUCUAUAGUGGAAUGAACAUCAUAUUAUACAUACUCUUAAUGUGAUGGCCCACCAGCAAAUGGUGACAUGGAAUACAAUACUUUUCAGUGUAUGUAAUAUUCAUUUAUUGUGCAAGAUAAGAAAAAGCAUGUCGGCCAAUUCUGACAGUUCGUUUUAAAGUCGAUAUAGGCCAGUGCCGAUGAAUAUAUCAUCAGCACUUUGGCAGAUUCCGAUAUUUAAUUUUUCAGCUAAUAUCAACUGAUACCAAUGAUGUUCCGAUAUUGUCAUGCUCAUAAUUUUAACUCAUGAUUCGUGUUUUCCCAUAAAUUUUCAUCUUUUUUUUCUUUUUUUUUUGGCAUCAGUGGGCUUCCGUAGUGUGAGUUAAUAGUUGAGACAGUUGAUAUAAAAUGGAUCCAUUCCCGACCUCUGACGGUGAUGUUAUGUUGUUCCUUGGCUUGGCUGUAGCUCCAUUACCUCGACCUGCACCUACUAGGGAUGCACUUAUCCUCACCUCUUCCUCUUUACUACUAGGUGCAGAACACAAACAUUUUAAGGGAAUUUGUUCUUCAGUUUAAGAAACUGAUUUGAUUUUAAUAAUGCUGUCUUCUUUCUCUCCCUCUCUCUCUCUUUUUUCGCUUUUAGUAAGAAACUGGGUACUGUCUGAAGCAGGCAACAUCCACAUGUAGUUUUAUAUAUUUCUAGCUUAAUGUAAGUCUUGCAUUCCAACCUCUUUGUGUAUCUCGUUUAGUGACAUAGCCCAUUUUAUUUUUAUCACUUGCUAUUACAGCCACCUCUGGAAUAAAAAGGGUGAAAAAAGGUGAACGAAAAUAGAAUAUUUGCAUUCACUUACACUAUUUUAUAUAGCAUGGAGUUUAUCAACUACAGGGAGAAUUAUAUAAAUGAUGGGCUUCGGAGAAAGAAAGAAAGAAAAUGAGAAGUUUUGCUUUUUGUUACAUAUCUCACAUGCAAUCAGUUGCUGCAAUGUAGAAGUGACAGAUUUGUAUAUUGGUUGAUCCAAAGAGAUGAUGAACACAACAACAGAACUAUUGACUUAUUGUACAGUACAGUGUAUCUUUGAGUUGUCAUGUGUUAUGUUGAAAUGAUUAAAAGACAAACCAGCGGUUUCAUAC